GAGCCCACCGUAACGCCCGUGACCAACUCGACGGACUCGCGUCGCCGCCGCCCUCCUCGCUGCCGAACCCUAGCCCACCGCCGUCCCCAUCCUCACCGCCGGCCGGCCCUCCGCCCGCCCGCGCCGCGGCCGUCGCAUCCGCGCGGCCGCUCGACUCCUUGCCCCGCGCCGCCGCCCGUAUCACCCUCGCCGCGGCCUGCGUGGUCACCGGCGGCGCCAUGGAUGCUUUCCAAGAAUAAAAAGCUCAAGGAUGUGGAGAUCAGUUUCCCCAUUGUCUAUGGAACCAUUUCUUUCUGGCUUGGUAAAAAGGCGAGCGAGUACAACUCUCACAAGUGGACUGUUUAUGUCCGUUCGGCAAACAAUGAGGACCUGAGUGUCAUAGUUAAGCGUGUGGUGUUUCAACUUCACCCAAGUUUUCAAAACCCAACAAGAGUUGUAGAGCAGCCACCUUUUGAGUUGUCUGAAUCUGGAUGGGGAGAAUUUGAAAUAGCUAUAACCCUUUAUUUCCACAGCGAUGUCUGUGAGAAGCGCUUGGAUCUGUUUCAUCAGCUUAAGCUGUAUCCGGAAGAAGAAGCCGGACCUCAAUCAACCAAAAAACCAGUUAUUGUGGAAACAUAUGAUGAAAUUGUCUUCCCUGAGCCUACAGAGGCCUUUUUUCAGCGUGUGCAAAAUCAUCCAGCAGCUAAUGUGCCCAGGCUCCCUCCUGGCAUAACCUUGCCUCCGUCAGGCUCCAUGGAAAUUGUUCCAUAUGAAAAGAAGCGUGGUGACACUAAGGAUCAUGCUUUGAGCCAGUGGUUCUCGAAUUUCUCUGAGGCAGAUGAGCUUUUAAAACUAGCUGCGGCUCGGCAGCAGGUUCAGGCUCACAUUGCCAAGCUGAGAAGACAGUUAACCAUGAUGGAAGGAAUGCCCCAGCAAUCAAAAGUUCUUUCUGGUCCUGGACAACAGUUUGGGCACAUCUGAUGUAGCAUACUAUGCUUCAAUGUUAACGUACCUGGUUGUAAGGAAGAUGUUGCCUGUUGGGAACUGAACCUCACAACAACUGCUUAGCAUACGGGAUGCGUAUCUCUGUAUCUCAUCGGAGACCCGGCCUUAGGCUAGCGACUGGACUAAUCUGUUUGCUGUAUAUAUUCUAGAAUGAGUACUCUUCUAGAAUUCUAGUGGAUGAUGCUUCUUAAGAGAACAUUGCUCGUGUCUACAGUCUCCUGCUCUUUUUUCUUUUUUCUGUAUCCUGACCUCCUAGUCGUACGGAGAAGGCAUGUCUAUUAUCACUGGCCUUAUGGUUCUAGCAUCUUUUUGCUACACGAUGAUUGUCAUGCAUUAUCUGCAACUCUGAAGGAUUUUGGUAUGGUUUUCCA